GCCCCCCGAGGCUCUCCCCCUCCGGCCGGAUGGCUCCCAGCGCUGCGCUCCUGGAGCCUGACAACCUGCUGACGCCGAAGGAGAAAAACAAACUGAGGAAGCCGGUGGUGGAGAAGAUGCGCCGGGAUCGGAUUAACAGCAGCAUCGAGCAGCUGAAGCUGCUCCUGGAGAAGGAGUUCCAGAGGCACCAGCCCAACUCCAAGCUGGAGAAAGCAGACAUCCUGGAGAUGACUGUCAGCUACCUGAAGCAGCAGAGCCAGCUGCAGAUAAAGACUGCAGCUUCCUUCCACAAAAGCUCUCAGUUUGACUUCAGGGAGGGCUACUCCAGGUGCCUGCAAGAAGCUUUCCAUUUCCUCUCUCUUCACAAAGUCCGAACUGAAACACAGACCAAACUUCUCAGCCACUUCCAGAAGAGUCAAUCAGCUGCUGCAGAGGUCACCCUCUCUCCUGGGAACCCCAGCACCCUGAAGCAAGCCUCACCAAAGGACACCAGCACUCUCUGGAGGCCCUGGUAGUCAGGGGAGUCCUCACUUCAUGGACCAGUCCAGAGGAAGGAGCUGACUGCAUCUGACAGUCCAGCUCCCAUCCUCUUUUCUGUAGGGAAUUUGAUCUCCCUGUGUGUUUUAUUUAUGUGUGAAAAGGACAGCUCGUGGCUAACUUUUGACUUGGAUGGGAUCCUGGGGUGAAGGUUGAGGCAUUCUGUGAGUGGUGAAGCUGUGGGGACGCUGCUGCCAGCAGUGCACAGCGUGCUGCCCGCUCAGGGGCCGGUGGCUUCC